AUGACUUCUUUCAAUUUGCCUUCGCAAAUGAAGGCUUUAGAAUACUCAGAGCCGAGAAAAUUCAGUGUCGUUCAGAAACCUCUGCCACUUAUUCGGGAUGAUGAUGUUUUGAUCAAAGUGAAGGCCAGUGGCGUUUGUGGCACUGAUUUGCACAUCCAUGAUGGAGAAUUCGGAGCACAGUUUCCCCUUGUGCCUGGCCAUGAAACAGUCGGUGUAGUCGCAGCAUUCGGUUCCAGCGUUAAAGGGUUCAAAGUUGGUGAUCGCGUGGUGGCAGACAACUCCGAGCUAUGUGGUAAAUGUCAUUACUGUCGUCGCGGCGACGAACUAUUUUGCGAGCACUUCAUUGCCCAUGGUGUGAUGGUCGACGGUGGAUUUGCCGAAUAUGCUGUGUAUCCCUCGUUCAGAGUGUUUCAGUUUCAGAAUAUCUCCGAUGUCGAUGCCACCUUAAUCGAACCUGCCUCUUGUGCUGCGCAUGGCAUGGAUAAGAUUGCUCCCAAGUUGGGAUCAAAGGUCCUUCUUUUCGGUGCCGGACCAACUGGACUCGUGUUAGCACAAAUGCUUCGCCUUCAUGGCGCCAGCCACUUGGUUAUCGCUGCUCCUGGUGGGCCUAAGAUGGACCUUGCACGAUCACUCAAUGCUGCGGACGAAUAUGUUGAACUGCCUCGAGACAAAGAAGCGGCAAUAAAAACUCGCGAAAGGAUAAAAAGCAAGAACCCAUACGGCUUCGAUAUUGUUGUCGAGGCAACUGGAAGCGCUGAAGUCCUCGAAGAUUCAAUCAAUUUCGUACGAAAAGGGGGAAAGCUUGUUGUCUACGGCGUAUAUCCAGAUGACGCUCGGUGCCUUUUAUCACCGAACAAGAUCUUCAAGGAGGAGAUCAACAUAAUCGGCUCUUUCAGUCAGGUGUAUAAGUUUCCUGCCGCCAUUGAUUACCUCGACACAGGAAAGGUCAAGGUGACUGGCAUCGUGAACAAGACAUUCCGAGUGGAAGAGUGGCAGGAAUGUCUCGACGCAAUGAAGAACAAAACUGUGAUCAAAGCAGCGCUUGUCUUUGACUAA